UCUUAAAUAAAAAAAUCUUGGAUUAGGAUGAAUUAGGAUCCUCUAGUCUUUGCCUCCUGCCACCACGAAAGCCAGAGCUUUCAUUCGUCGUCCCCACUUCCUUCAUAUAAAACGCUCCCUUCUCUCUCUUCCCGCACUUAAAAUCAAAUCAAAAAACAUAUCCUUUUUUAAGUUAAAUUCCCGGGAUGAGCAUCCAUUACAUUUCAUAGCCAUGACCAAUCACAGCAGUCGGAUCAUUGCCCACACGUUUCCUUUCACUGCACUUGCACCUGCACCUCACAGUAAUGCAAUCAAUCACGCCCACGCGCCACUACUCGCACGACUGUUCUUGGCGGCGGCGGCACCACCUUAUGCGGCCGCGCAGAUGAGUUUGGGUUCUCCAUCAUCUUCGAAUUCUCCUUACACCAACUCCGAUUCGUCAACGGCGAUCGUCAUCUUGGUCCUUGUUUGCGUCAUGUUCUUCAUCUGCGUCUUCUCCAUCUACAUCCUCCACUGCAUCAACGACACCGCCACGGAAGCAAAUUCCGUCAACUCCAUCGCCGCCCGAUUGCGGCGGUUCCCGCGCGGCCUCGAUCCGAAAGUAAUCGAGUCGUUCCCGAUUUUUCCCUACUCGGAGAUCAAAGACCACAAGAUCGGCAAAGGAACGCUAGAGUGCGCGGUGUGUAUAAACGAGUUCGAAGACGACGAGACUCUCAGAUUGCUUCCCAAGUGUGAUCACGUGUUUCAUUCUGAGUGUAUUGAUGCUUGGUUGGCUUCUCACAGCACUUGUCCUGUCUGUCGAGCGAACCUCGUGCCCACUCCGACUCCGACUCCUCCGGAGAAGGUAAAUCAAUCGAAUGAAUCGAUUGAUGAGCACAAUUUCAGAUCUGAACUCAGUGAAGUAGUACAAAACGAGAAUCAAAUUUCAAUUUCAGUUAAUGUUGAAGAAGAAGAAAAUCAAAACAGAGAUCCGGAAGCAAGUGAGUUUCCAAAGCAGAAUCGAGAGCGAGUGGCGAAGUUUCAGAGGUCGCACUCGACGGGUCACUCACUGGUUGGACUCGGAGAGAGCUGCGAGAGGUACACGCUGAGGUUGCCGGAGGAAGUGAGGAAGCAGAUCGUGAUGAGUGGGAGGCUGAAGAGGACCAGGAGUUGCAUCGUUGUUUCGCCGAUGGAAAGGGGUAGUCGGGGCCGGCCCGAUUGGGUUGGGAGGUUGGACCGGUGGGUUUUUAGCGUGACGCCGCCGUUUUUCUCGAAGAACAACCGUUCGAAGGUGGGGGUUGACGGAGACGUAACAAAGGUGUGACGUCUGUGAAGACGCAGUUUGGCUGUCUCGCCGUGAAGGGUGACGGAGUUGAACAAUUAGCGGCUCCCCUUCCUGUUUAAUUUAAUAUAGUAUUUAUUUCAUUAAAAUACAUUUUUUAUUAUAAUUUUUAAGGUAAAUUACAGUUUCACAUUAGUCCAGUUGGCAACCGCAGUACCAUACAGCCUACGUUUGGCAAGCUGGGUUUGGAGUUUUUUUUUUGUUAAAAUAAUUAUAAAAAUAAAAUAAAUUUUUUAAUCUAAUAAAAUAAAAUAUCACAUUUAAUUUAUAGGAGUGAGUAACGGAUAUAUCGAUUUGCCAAAAUCGAUCAAACCGAACCGAUCCGUCGAAUUUUGGACGAAUGCAUGAUGACGAGCGGAUGGUUGCGGAUUAAUUUUCUCUAAUCCACCAAUCUGGCGGACGGAUGACGGAUUUGAGAUUCCUUUGGCCGCAACUGAACUGUCAAACCGCGAGCAUCCCUAAUAAUUUGUAAGACUUUGUGUUUUUAGUUUGUUUAAAUAUGCUGUUUGUGUUUUCAAUUAA